AUGAAAUUAUUCAUCAUCUUUGUAUUGUUGGUUCUUAUUUGUAUAGUACAAUCAGUACCAACGCCAUCAUCAUCAAACGAUCGUUUACUUAUUCUACCAGAUUAUUAUAGUGAUGAUGAAGAUUCUCUAUCAAUUAAUCAGAUUGUUGAUGAAACAACAACACUUUCUACGAAAUCAACAAUUGUAUUAUCAUGGCCGGAUCAAAAUACAUCAACAGUUAUAACAUCAAGCAAUGAUAAUGAUGAUGAUGAUGAUCAAAAUGAAUCUGAUGAUUAUCUUCGAAAUAUUCGUCAAUUUUUUAAAAAAGUUCUUGAAGAUCUUAGAAAAUUAUUGAAAAAUAUUACUGGAUAUGAUAUUAUUCAAGCAAUACAACAAUAUUUUAACAAAAAAAAUUAA